AUGUCUUUGAAUACUGCCCACGCCGAUCACGGAGUGCUAAUUCAUGCUGGUGAAUGCAUUAUUCUAUUUUCUGAUAAUGUGUCAGUUGAGUUCUAUGGAAAUGAAACACAAGAAUUUAAAGGAACAAAGAAUGGUCGUAUGUAUCUUACCAGCCACAGAAUGAUUUAUAACUCAAAGAAUAAUUCAGAUCCGCUCAGAUCAUUUAGUUUUCCUUUCAUUGCACUUCAAGACGUGACUGUUGAGCAACCAAUGUUUGGUGCUAAUUAUAUAAAAGGCAAAGUCAGAGCACAACCUAAUGGCAAUUUUAUUGGUGAAGUAAAAUUUAAAUUAACAUUUAAGUCUGGAGGAGCCAUAGAAUUCGGACAGGCUAUGCUGAAGGCUGCACACCUUGCGUCACGGCACAUGUCGCCCAACGCGCCGCCGCCGCCGUACGCACCGCCCACCGGCCCCUGGCACGCCGCGCCGCCCCCCGCCUACGCGCCGCCCCCACAGGGAUACUAUGGCUGGGUGCCACCAUAUAGUGCAUUCCCUGAUCAACCAUCACCAAACUCAGUAUUUGUAUCGAGUAGUCCCCCACCAUAUCCGGGUGUAAUGGGCACUGCCUAUCCACCCGGUGCAGGAUUUCCUGGAGCAAGUGGACCGAGUCCAACAGGUGCGAAUGGUUUUCCGGGUAACAUGGCCCCGGGUUACCCUGGUAACGUUCCCCCUGGCUACCCGGGUAAUGCGCCGCCUGGUUACCCAGGUAACAUGCCCCCAGGUUACCCCGGCGGCUUUGCGUCAGCACCCAACAUGUCAUCAAGUGAUGCGAAGGCAGCAGAAGCAGCACAGAGUGCCUAUUACGAUCCCAAUAAGCCCCAGACUGCUUAUGUACCACCACCAUACAAUGAUCAACCGCCGACUUAUCAGGAGUCUACAUCGAAAAAAGACAAC